AUGGUAGCCUCGGGAGGGCCAUCGAGUGCGAUGCAGCAGCUGGUCCGUCUUGGCGGCGCUAGCAUGGUCGUUGAGUGCUCAUCGCAUGACACCGAAAAACUCUUACACCUGGCGGCUGUGAAUGAGGAUCCUACGAUGGCCAGGUACAUGCUCGAACUAGUCCUUCACUUAGCCGCAGCACAGGGAUGGCUGGCGACAGUUGAAUGGCUGAUGGAGAUCGGAGCCGACAUUUUCAGCCACGACAAUCAGGGCCGCACGCCGCUUCACACAGCAGCAGCUUCCAUGGGCAUCGACUCGACGACGGUGGUCCGGUUCUCCGUCGACAGAGGCCUGGAAGUGGAAGACGCAGACGAAGGAGGCAUGACGCCGCUGCACCACGUGUUGUACAGCUACGAUGUACUGCACAAAGACGCGUUUGAUCCCGAGGUGUCAUUGGCGAAUGCUCGAUACCUGCUGCAACGCGGCGCGAACGUGAACGCGAAGGACCUUGAGGGGACAACGCCGCUUCACCUGGCCACAUGGCGUGGUAAUUCUGCAGUGGUGAAGCUGCUGCUGAAGUCGGGCGCUGACGUUGAAGCGCGAAAUCGGGGCGAUGUGAAGCCAAUAGACCAUGCUAACAAGAAGACGAGAUUUGGGAGCUUCUCGAAUUGGCAGCAAGAGUCUGAUUUGGUUAUCGUUCUAAGCAGCGAUGAAUAUGGGCCACAUAUACAGUAUUGCAACUACCGAGUAUUCUAA